GCGGAGCCGGAGGGCGAGUCCCAGACUCCGCGCUCGGAGGAGAGAGGGACCCGCUGGCCGCAUGGCCCCCGCCUGCUGCCCUGCCGGAGCCCUGAUGCUCGCGUACGCGGGCCUGCUGGCCGCCGCCGCGGGCCUCGGCUCCCCGGAGCCCGGCGCGCCCUCGGGGAGACGCGCCCGCGAAGAGCCGCCGCCCGGGAACGAGCUGCCCGCGGGGUCAGCCGCCCGCCCGCAGGAGCCCACCGUGGAGCAAGUGCACGGCAUCGAUCCCCGAGAUGCCUGGAUGCUCUUCGUUAGGCAGAGUGACAAGGGCGUCAACAGCAAGAAGGGGGGCAGAGGCCAAGCCAAGAAGGUGAAGCUCGGCCUGCCAGGGCCUCCAGGGCCCCCCGGCCCCCAGGGCCCCCCGGGCCCCAUCACCCCACCUGAGGUACUGCUGAAAGAGUUCCAGCUGCUGCUGAAAGGCGCAGUGCGCACACGCGAGUGCGCGGAGCCUGAGCCCCGCCCGCGCGGCCCCGCCGCGGUGCCGGCCGUCCCCGCGGAGGACGAGGAGGACGAGGAGGAGGAGGCGGCGGCGGCGGCGGGGGGCGCGGGCGUGCUGGCGCUGCUGGCUGCGCCCCUGGCCCCGGGUCCGCGGGCGCCGCGCGUCGAGGCCGCCUUCCACUGCCGCCUGCGCCGGGACGCGUCGGUGGAGCGGCGCGCGCUGCACGAGCUCGGCGUCUACUACGUGCCCGACGCCGAAGGCGCCUUCCGCCGCGGCCCGGGCCUGAACCUGACCAGCGGCCAGUACACGGCGCCCGUCGCCGGCUUCUACGCGCUCGCCGCCACGCUGCACGUGGCGCUGGCGGAGCAAACGAGACGGGCGCCGCCGCGCCCCCGGGACCGCCUGCGCCUGCUCAUCUGCAUCCAGUCCCGGUGCCAGCACCACGCCUCCCUUGAGGCUGUCAUGGGGCUGGAGAGCAGCAGCGAGUUCUUCACCAUCUCGGUCAACGGCGUUCUGUAUCUGCAGGCGGGGCAGUACACCUCUGUCUUCCUGGAUAAUGCCAGCAGCUCCUCCCUCACGGUGCGUGGUGGCUCCCACUUCAGUGCUGUCCUCCUCGGUGUAUGACCGGCCGCCCCAGGCCCUCCCUCUCGCUGGGCAAACGGAGCAGGAGUGCGAACAAUCUCGGGGCCGUGGCGGAGUGGCGGGGGCCACAUGCAGGAGGGAGCCCGCCGAACUGCCCACACUGGCCACCGCAGUCCAACCCAGAGAUGCCACUAGAGGCAGCCCGGGGAGGUGACACGCAAACUGGCAGCCCCAGAUGGCAAUGAUUUCAGGGUGCCAGCUUAAGUUAAAGGGGAGACGUUUCAGCGUGCCCAGGAGCACAUGCUUUGUCCCUCCCCAGCUGCAGACCUGGGCCCCUCCUGGCCCCACGGCCCCGGCAGCCUCAGCCUCAUUGCUGUGGCCCAGCCCCACCUUUUCCAUCUUUCUUAGUGUUCUCAUGGGCUGCCUGCUGGGAGUGCCAGGAAGGAGGGUAAAGGCCGCCCAGCCUGCCUGGUCCCCGCCUGCCCCUCUCCCAGCCCUGCCUUUAGCCUGCCAUGGACCUCAGGGCCCUGCUUCGCCUGCAGGGACCACGGGGCCCAAGCCUCUCCUUGUGGCCCCAGGGCAUAGCAGCCUUAGGCACCAGAGAGACACUGGAUGGGGGCUGACGGGGGACAGUGACAAUCUGGAGCUGUUUUCACUUGUGACAUGUGCAAGGUCACUUGCAUGCUCACCCAGCCUUUCCACAAAGGAGCUGAACCCUCCCCCUCUGUCGCAGACCCUCUCACGGAUGAGGGCCCCUUGCCCACCCCCUUGCAGCCCUGGCUCACUGCUCGGAUCCACCCACCAGAUGAAAGAGCUAGAACACCCUUGCAGGUCAGGGACGGCCAGGCCCUGCCUGCCCAUCUGCGCGGAUGAAGCGGACGCUUCCCACAAGCCGACAGGCUCUCAGUGCCCAACCGCAGCCUAGCCCCGCUGGGUCCGUCCAGCUCUGGGGCUCUUGAAAGCAUCUUCCCCACGGGGGUGGGAAUGUGGCCCCAAGCUCCGAUGGCUGUCCUGGGAAGACCGGGCCCCAAGUCCUUCUGUGCUGCUGCAGCAGUGAUGGGGUGCGGGUCAGCAGUGGGGAUGGGGGUCUGGGAGCUGCUGCGAUUUCUUUCAAGAUGCAGGGCCCCCGCUGCCUGCUGAGGAAGUUACCCAACCCCUGUCCCUACACACAAAACAGGCUACAGGGACGGGGUACCAUAAGAUGUCCUGGGGGCCAAGCUGGUCUGGCAAGCCAUUGCCCCCUUCUCAGGCCUGGGAGAGAAGGGGGCAAUGGCUGCAGUCACCUCUCACCGUAACCUUCUAGCUGGCCUUGGGAUGAGCAGGUGACUGUGGCCAGGCCUAGCUGAUCCCCCGGAGCCCUAAGCUUCCAGCGCCACAGUCAGGCUCAGACAUUUCCCUCCCAGCCAGGGGACCCCAGGCGCAAUGCACACAACCCGACCACUGUGCCCUUUGGCAGUCCUGGCACGUUCUCAGUAGGACUCGUACCCGCCCUACCAGGAAGUGCCCGCUGGCCGGUGUCCUGCCUGCCCGUGCUCUUCGAUAAGGGGUGGUGUGGCCACGCCCUUUUCUGGAUUUCACUUGGUAUCCAGUGGGCACAGAUAUUUUAGAGAAGCUAUCUUUUACCCUUGGAAAACCCACAGAUCUCUUUCAUUUUCUCAAGAUGAGUGUGUCACACAGCAAUUUAUUGACGUAUUUAUUGUAUAAUAUUGUCAGGUGGAAUAUAUAUUUUAUAUAUACAUAUACAUACUUAUAUAUAUAUAUAUAUAUAUAUAUAUAAAAAACUGACUUUUGAGAAUUAUUUUAUGUGAUUAUACAAAAUAACAGAAACAAAGGGCAGACCUUAAAAUAUAGAGUCUUAGUCAUUUAGGCCAGGCUCACCAAGGACGGAGGAGUGAGCUCUGGGAGGGGAGGUGGAAGGAUGUUUCCAGCCCAUGGGGGCCCUCAGACCCAUGGAGAAGGUGGCAGGGAAAGCCCGUCCAGGGAAGCCCAGCGCCAAGCCUCUCCCAGCUCCAGGACACUAGCGGUCUGGGGAUUAGGGAUACAUGGUCACAGACUGGUGCCUUGUUGCUGUAAGAAAAUGUUUAUUGAAUAAAUUGUUCUAC